UCGAGGAUGCAGCGCUGUGAGAGCAGGUGGGAGUAGACGCGCUCAGUCCAGCACGAGGCGCAGACGUUCCCGCUUCUCUCCGUUGCUCGUCGUACCGUACCGGCGUGAGAGCUGGGACACUGCCCCGGGCAUUGAAAUCUGAGCAGUCAGCCGCUUUGCGCGUCUCACACGAGCCAGAAAGAGGAAGGCUUAUCUUUCCAUCCGGCGCCAGAGCUCUUCAGCUUCAACGAGGGCACGCGCGUGCCGAGUACCUAAAGCGCGCCAGGAGUGGUACCAGCAACGGCUGUGCGUGCGAGUGGGAUUCUUAGACCCUAAAUCCUUAAUCUAAUAUUUAAACAGGCUGGGAUCUCUCUCUCUUUAUCGCGUCAAGACGCAGGGAGUACAAUAUCUUUCUGAGGAGUACCGACAAAUCAUCGGACCGUUUGUUGCGUCCUCUCUACAAAGCUCCACGGAAAUUCGAAUUGAAACUGUCUUUUUCUUUCUUUGCAGAAGGGUCCCAUAAGUAUGUAUAAACAAACAUGUAUUCCACCCUGCUAGAUUCCCAACCGGACCUAGAGUAGAAAUCUAGACGUAGAGAAGUAGUCUGUUUUAUUUAGUUUCAGUGAUUCUUUUGGUUGAGUGUUAAUGGAGCAAGUAAUUUAAGACUGCUGACAGAUUCUCUCUCCUCUCGCCCAUGACACCAACUCCUGGAUUUUAAGAUUUCCGGAGAAUGGUAAAUGACCGAUGGAAAAUCAUGAACAGCGUUUCAGAACUCGAAGAUGGACAGCAACAUAAAGCGCAGAGGGUGAGCUGCAGCUACCUGGUGUGCACCAUCUUGCUGUUCGUGGCCGUUCUGCUGGCCGUCACGGUGACCGGCUGCAUCCUGCUGAUGAACCACUAUCAAGCCCCUCCCCCUGGGCCCGACGCCCCGCCCCUCAUCAGCACCAACCCCGACGAGGGCAACGCCCUGGUCACCAUCGAGCGUGGCGACGGCUCGCGCAUCAACGUCUUCAUCGACCCCAACUGCCCCGACUACAACGCCAACUUCCUGCGUCUGGAGGGCGUGCAGACGCAGCUCUUGCACUCGCUGACGGACCACGACUCCGACCUGAAGUCGGCCAAGGGGCAGGACCGGGCGCUGCUGGUCAAGCUGGCGGAGGAGGUGGCCAAGCUGGCGUCGCACGCCACGCAGCUCAAGAUGGAGUACGAGGCGCUCAGGAGGGGGCAGAGCAACAUCGGGCAGGAGCUCAACGGCCUGCAGACUGACCAGCAGAGACUCAUACAGCUCCUCUCUGAGAGCCAGGUGAACAUGGUGAAGGUGGUGAACUCUGUGAGCGACGCACUGAACUCCAUGCAGAAGGAGACGGGCAGCAUCAAGAGCCGUCUGAAGGCCGACCUGCAGAGAGCCCCCAUACGCAUCCCCCGGCCCAAGGGCUGCGCCAUCGGAGAGGGUGCCAGGCCGCGGGACUGCAGUGAUAUCUAUGCGAGUGGUCAGAGGGAGGACGGCAUCUAUUCCGUGUUCCCCGUCCACUUCCCUGCUGGCUUCCAGGUCUACUGUGACAUGACCACCGACGGGGGCGGAUGGACGGUGAUUCAGCGACGUGAGGACGGAUCGGUCAACUUCUUCCGGGACUGGGAGGCGUACCGCCAGGGCUUCGGCAAGAUCACCGGCGAGCACUGGCUGGGUAUGAAGCGCAUCCACUCACUCACCAUCCAGGCCAACUACGAGCUGCGCAUCGACCUGGAACUUGAGAACAACCACGUCCUUAGCCGUCGCCUCCUUGAGCUGGGGCUGUUCUCCGUGGACGCCGACGAGGACGGCUACCCACUGACCGUGUCCGACUACUCCGGCACCGCAGGUGACUCUCUGCUCAAGCACAACGGCAUGAAGUUCACCACCAAGGACGUGGACAACGACCACUCGGAGAACAAUAAGCAGCAACCUUCUACCAGAGCCUGGUGGUACAUAACUGCGUCCAACCUGAGCGCCCAGUACCUGCGUGGGCAGCACACGUCCUACGCCGACGGCAUCGAGUGGUCCUCCUGGACCGGCUGGCAGUACUCGCUCAAGUUCACCGAGAUGAAGAUCCGCCCCACCAGGGAGGACAACCAGUGAGCCCGGCCGCCGACCGACCGACCGACCACAGGACGAGGAGAAGGAGAAGAGAAGGAGAGAGAAGUGGACGAAGGGAGACGUACGACAAACCAACCCCUCUGUGUGUGAUCUAGUGUGAGAGACACUAACGCUGACAACGAGAGAACUUUACGGACGAUGAUGAUGAUUUAGUAGCCUCUAUACCAUGUGACCCCAGCUCUGUUCCGAUCCUCCUGAUCCUAUCCCAGGAUUCCUUACCUCCGCCCGCCCCCGGUCAGACCCUGUGGUCAGCCAAUAGUUG